UUUUGAAAUGCCGUCAAAACAAAAGAAAAUGCGAAAAAUGAAAAAACAACAAUACCAAAAGCGUGUUGCUGAUGGUUCUGUUGAUGAUUCUAUGGAUGGAUCAAUGCUUGAUGGAGGAAAUGUUAGUUUUGUUAGUAGUUUUGUUGAGUUGGGUAGUAAAGGGGAAAGGGUUUCAUUGUGUGAUAAUAUUUCUGAUAUUUCUUUAAAUGGUUCUAUUAUUUCACGUAGUGUUUCCCCUAAUAUUAUUUCUUCAAUUUCGCGUGUUGGGAGACCUAAAAAACGAAAAGUUGUUGGUAGGCCCAAAAAUGUUGUUUUAAAUGAAAAUGUUUCUAAUGAUAAUUUGAAUAUGAAUUUUGUUCCUGAUUUUUUGUCUGUUAAUUUAUUAGAUAUUCCUUUUGGACCUGUUUUACAUAGUGAUAAUCGAAUUGUGGUCAGAUCCAGAUACUUGGCUUCAAGAAGAUUAUAUUUAUUCCUAUCUUAA